GCCCUGGCUACGCUCCUCACCUCCCCACAGGCUUUGUGGACAGUCUCUGGCCAGUUGCAUUGGCCCCUCAGGAAGUCCACUUGCUCUGGGCCCCCGUGGCCUCCACGCCCAGAGGGAGCAAAGCAACCUCGGUCUCUAGCCUGCAGUGACUCAGCCAGGGGACCCACCACCCAGUUUCGGUUCCAGGAUGCAGCCAAUCACCACCGGCCUCCUGCUGCUCUUGGCAGCAGCGUUUCCUGUCCUGAAAGCUGAACACCCCAUGGAUCCAGCAAGCCCCUUCUAUUAUGAUUGGCACCGCCUGCGACUUGGAGGGCUGAUCGCCGCUGGCGUUCUCUGUGCCCUGGGGAUCAUUGUGCUGCUCAGUGGAAAAUGCAAAUGCAAAUUUAACCGCAAAGCCAGCCGGCGGCCGAAUGAGCCCCUUCACCUCGUCACCCCCGGCACCGCCAGUAACUGCUGAACCACGAUGGUCCCGGUGCCAGGUCUCGCCCAGGGCGUUGGCUCCUUGCUGGGACGUCCCAUCCCCCCAUCCUCCGAUCUGGGGAAGCACGAGGGGGAGAAGUUUUUUAACUGAACUUUCCACUCUGUGGAAUAAAAGUCUCCUGACCUCGAAA